UUCUGGUGAGAAACUUCACACAGGCGCAAGAGCAGGGAAAAAAAACCACACACACAGCUCUUUUUUCUGCUCAACAGGAGGAAAGAAAGAACCCCUUUUGAACUAACAAAACACAGAUAAAACAUUAGAAGUGAAGAUGCUUUCAUUGAGAUCUGCUUUGCGUAACACUACUUCUCUCAAGGCUUUGGCUGGUCAAGCUAGACUGUUGUCUUCUUCGUCUGUUGCUCAGAAGUCCACCUACCGUACACCAGACUUUGGUGAGUACGUGAAGCCAGAAGGUAGCACCGACAAGGGUCGUGUUUUCACCUACUUCACCGUUGGUUCUCUUGGUUUGCUCUCUGCCGCCGGUGCUAAGUCCACCGUUGAGGCCUUCUUGGCUUCCUGGUCCGCCUCCGCUGAUGUUUUGGCUAUGGCCAAGGUUGAGGUUGGUUUGGCUGCUAUCCCAGAAGGUAAGAACGUUGUCGUCAAAUGGCAAGGUAAGCCAGUGUUUAUCAGACACAGAACACAGGCUGAGAUUGACGAGGCCAACUCCGUUGACGUGUCCUCCUUGAGAGACCCAGAAACCGAUGCUGACCGUGUCAAGAACCCAGAAUGGCUUAUCAUGUUGGGUAUCUGUACCCAUUUGGGUUGUGUUCCAAUCGGUGAGGCUGGUGAUUUCGGUGGUUGGUUCUGUCCAUGUCACGGUUCCCACUACGAUAUCUCUGGUAGAAUCAGAAGAGGUCCAGCUCCAUUGAACUUGGAGAUCCCAGCUUACGAAUUUGACGGUGACAACGUUGUCAUUGGUUAAGUUGAAGGGACAAGAAUGAUUCGAAAUGAAGACGGAGACGAGGGAGAAUGAUAAUAAAUGGUAUUUGGAGAAUAGUUUAAUAUUCCAAAAUGAGAGGAAGGUAUGAAGAGAUGGAGACCUUGAAUGAAAUACGCUUACGCACCAAAAAAACAAAAUCAAAUUUACAUUAACUACAUCACAUAAACGCAAGAGUUAUACACCAUCAUAGAGGGAGUUGGAGAAUUGUCCUGCCAGGAAUUACAUGAGCACCAUUUGUUAUAUUUCGAAGUGAUGGUUGUGUUCUGUUCUUUCCUCGUGCUCUCUCUAUCGAGAGAACAUUCGCUGCUUUUUUGAUAUGAUUAGUUGGAUCUUGACUGUUUCCAACAAAUGGGGUUUUAAAAGACAAACAGACAAACACAGACACUCAAUC